AUGCUGGGCGUGCUCAUCGAGCUAUUCUGCCUCAUGUCCUUCUCCUCCUUCCUCUUCGUCGUUUGCGACCCGAGGGGUGCCGAGGUGAAGCACUUAAAUUUGUACCGCUACAUUCUGAAUGACAGUUUUACCACUGGCGUUGUUGCACACUCGUGUCGCACAGCCGGCUUGCCCCUGCGUCGUUUUCUGCCAGUUGAUGUCCCCCGCUUUAUCUACCUCCUUCUUGGUAUGGUGGUCGGAGUUUCUUGGUCGUCUGACCUGCGGUGUCAGAUAUACCGUAUGCGGGCCUGCUGUACUCAUGCCGGGCGAGCUCAUCGAGUUUUUUCCGUUUCUUUGAGGCCAGGCAGCCCCUGGCCAUAG